AUGACUGCCGUUCAUGUGCGACCAGAUCCGGCGAGAAUAGUGUCAUAUCGAGGAUGUCAGUCACCGGAGAGGUCUGUGAGAUGGACAAAUGAGGUCGCCGGCAAUGUGCAGAGGUGCUAUGAGAGGAUAUUAAGUGUUGACCUGGUGAGCGUCGCCGUCGGCGUCGUCAGGAACGGGAAUCGGCACGUCUGCCAGGCGGUGGUGGAGACGCUGAUGGUAGAUCUCGUCGGUCCAUGGCUGCCGGAUCUCGACGAUGACGACGCCGCUGACCGCGCGGAGAAGUACGAACAACGCUCUGACUAA